AUGUCAUCAGACUCCUCCUCCUCUCACUCGUCGAAUUCAAUAUCUACCACUACUACCACUACUACUCAGAGUCCAAAAAGUCGGGAACGUUUGACUCAUUCGGGUGGUAUGGCUGAUACUUCUACUAUUGCUGCUAGUAAUAAUAAUACUACUGGUAUUGCGAAAGCCAAAAAGGAAAGACAUACGAAACUGUUAAAAACGAUAGAUACGGCGUCGAUUGAACAUCUUCGAAUGGUGUUGAAGAUGGUGUGUAACGGGAGUGAGGUUAUUGAGUAUGCGCUUGAUGUGUUUAUGCAGCUUCUUGGGGAUGAUGAUAAACAUGAAAAUGAUAAUAAAGAAGAAGGAGGGGGGGAAGUAAAAACGUGUGGGAGGUGUGGAAAGGUGUUUACUACUACUACUACUCCUAAUACUGGAAAAUUGGGACAAGAAGAGGAAGAGGGAGAAGGAGGGUGUAGAUAUCACGAUGGGAAUAGAUACGUAGAUAUCGAAAGUGAAGUGUGGACGAAGGUGGAAGGGGUCUGUUGGCGGGAUGGGAUGGAUAUGGUGGUGAAUUGUGGGGUGGAUUGGGAGGAGGAUCCUGUGUUACUUGAGGAGUUUGCGGAGGGGUUUAGGUGGGAUUGUUGUGAUGAGGAUGGAGGGGUGGAGGGGUGUGUGGUUGGGGGGCAUGUUGCUGAGUAA